AUGCAGGUGACGCUCCUCUCAGGUGCUUCACAUACAGCAGGUACCCUACAGGUGGAGGUGUGUUUGUGUCUCAGAGGAAGCAGUGUGAGCUCUGACAGGUGGGCAGGUCAAAGGUCAGAAAGGUAUUACAUCACUGUGUUACACAACGCUCAGGUUAGAGAGCUGGAGACCGAGCUUGAAGCAGCACAAAGACACGGCUCGGACGCUGUGAAAGGAGUCCGCAAAUAUGAGCGCAAGAUUAAAGAGCUCACCUAUCAGUCGGAUGAGGACAAGAAGAACGUGAUAAGGCUGCAGGAUCUGGUGGACAAAUUCCAGCUGAAGAUCAAAGCGUACAAGAGACAGGCCGAGGAAGCUGAGGAGCAGGCCAACACUCAUCUGGCGAAGCUGAGGAAGGUGCAGAACGAGCUGGAGGAGGCGGAGGAGCGCGCGGACAUCGCAGAGUCCCAGAUCAAUAAGAUGAAAGUCAAGGGUCAAGACAUGGGGAAGCAGGCCAAAGACAGCGGAGAGUAA